AUGGUGAUAAAUUAUUAUAUGAAAGAACUUUAAUUAUUAAUCAAUUCAAAUAAAAUGUCCAUUUACUAAUUGCUACAGAUAUAGCAUCAAGAGGAUUAGAUAUUAAAGAAAUAAGAACUGUUAUUAACUAUUUUCCACCUAAAGAUUCUCAUAUUUAUAUACAUAGAAUAGGAAGAACUGGAAGAGCUGGAAAUUGUGAUGGUAUUGCUUAUUCAUUAGUAUAGAAAUAAGAUUGGAAAUUUGCUAUUAUGUUAAUAAGAAGCAUAGAAUUGGCAGGAUAGAUUGUAUUUCAAGAAUAAGAAGAAAUUGCAAAUUUAGAUGAUCAUUUUAAAAUGGAUAGAAUGAAAAAGAAAAUGGGUUAUGAUUAUGCUAGAGGUAAAGAUGCAAGUAAAAUUCUUAAUUAAGCUCUUAAAAGAUAGACUAAUUUAAAAGCUGGAUUAAGAUUUGAUGAAUUAGAACCAAAAAAUAAAAAAAAAUAGUAAUAAUAGAAUAAUCUACAGAAUUCAGUCAAAAUACUACCUGUUGUUACUUUGGCUUAACCUACAAAAUAUAUUGGAUAGUUUAAGAAUAAAUGGUAGGAUUUAAACCCUUAUGAAAAUUAUGACAAUUAUGCUGUUACUGUUGCUGUACCUGGUUAAUUAAAGAGGGAUUAAGUUAUUUAGCAUUUUUUAAGAAUAAAUGAAUGGAUAAUUUAGAGCUGGAUUAAAAUCUGGAGGUAUUGCUUAGACAACUAAUAAGAAACCUAUUGUUAAAAUUAUAAAUGA